UUAUAGUUGUACCCUAAUUUGGUAAUGAUGGAUACUCCAUGCUAUUGGAUUGUGACUCACAAGUCUCUCCUUGCAGGUAACAACGACACAGAGGCAAAAGAAGAUGGAUUCCUUGAGGGGGAAACAUCUUUGGCCAAAGAGACAGUUUUCUCAUUCCAUGAUGAGAAGGAGACCGAGCCUGGAAAUCAGCCAGAACUACAGAGCUUUCAAAAAGACCAUCCUAAGAAGACGACCAAGUUUUGCAAAGAAGGUGAUGGACACGUUGUCCAAGAAGACCGAAUCCAGAAUGAAAGCAAAAGAAAAUGCACAGAGUGCGGACAUCUCUGCGAAGUCAAUGACCUUCCUACCAAUCCGAAAAUGGAUCCGGAAGAAUUUUACAUCUGCCCCCAGUGUGGGAAAACCUUCAAGAACGGAGCGCCCCUAGCUUCCAGCCAGGGAACUGCAGCCAGGGCUAAACCCUAUCCAUGCUCAGAGUGCGGCAAGAGCUUUGGGACCAAGGCGGCCCUCCUGAAGCACAAAGCAACCCACACUGGGGAGAAGCCCUACGUGUGCUCCGAGUGCGGGAAGUGCUUCACGACCAGCUCCAACCUGAUCUACCACAACAUCGUCCACACGGGGGAGAAGCCCCACAAGUGCGCCGACUGCGGCAAAGGCUUCCACUGGAAGUCGUCCUUGAUUACCCACGAGAGGACACACACGGGGGAGAAGCCGUACGCGUGUCCCGAGUGCGGGAAGAGCUUUGGGAACAGCUCCCAGCUCCUGAGGCACAAGAGGGUGCACACGGGCGAGAAGCCGUAUCACUGCUCCGAGUGCGGCCGGAGCUUCAACCAGAUCGCCUCGCUCAUCGCGCACAAGCGGAUCCACACGGGGGAGAAGCCGUACGAGUGCUCGGAGUGCGGGAAGGGUUUCGGCACGCGGACCAACCUGAUGAUGCACCGGAGGGUCCACACGGGAGAGAGGCCGUAUAAGUGCUCCUACUGUGGGCAGAGCUUCAGCCAGAGGACUCACCUCAUCAUCCACGAGAGGACUCACACGGGAGAAAAGCCCUACAGCUGCUCCGAGUGCGGGAAAAGCUUCAAUGCCAAAGCGCCCCUGAUCACCCACAAAAGGAUCCACACCGGGGAGAACCUUUACCAGUGCUUCCAGUGCGGGAAAAGCUUCAGCACCAGCUCCAAUCUCCUGAACCACAACAUCAUCCACACGGGGGAAAAACCCCACAAAUGCUUGGACUGUGGCAAAUGCUUCAAUCGGAAAUCCUCCCUGAUUACUCACCAGAGGACCCACACCGGGGAGAAGCCCUAUGCCUGCUUCGAGUGCGGGAAGCGUUUCAUUUCGAGCUCGGAUCUCACCAAGCACAAGAAAGUUCACCGGGGGAAGCGGGCAGCCUGUCCUGCAACUUUAGGGUAUAGCCCAACAUUUGAAGAAUCCGGGGAUCCGGGACAACACCCUUGCUGAAAUUUGAUACUUGGUUGACCUCGAUCCUAUACAGGUAGUCCUUUACUUACAAUCGCGAUUGAGCCCAAAAUGUCUG